AUGGCUCAAGUCGCCGACCUCGCCGACGACCACCCCCUCCCCCCCGCCUCGGACAUUGCUCCCCCAAAGAAGUCCGCUUCGUCGCCCAAGCCGACGGCGGCGGCGGCGGCCCUUGCGCGCGCAAGGGAGCAGUACGCCAAGGCCGGUGUCGCGCUCACCCGCGCCCGCGACCGCGCCGACGACCUCUCGCGCCACCCGCACGCCCUCCGUGCCCGCGAGAUCGCCGAGACGCAGCUGAAUGCCCUGCGCAAGGUGCUCCUCAAGAGCGACACGGUCAAGGACACGGUCGAGCUCACCAAGCUCGACCCCGCGGUCAUCGUCUUUGGCACCCUCACCUUCUUCCUCGUGUUCAUCUGGUACGACCUGUUCAACAUUGCGUUCCCUGUCACCACGGCCGUCAUCUUUGCUCGUCCGGCGUACCACGCCAUCCUUGCUCUUGACGACCGCCAUGCGCCCCCCGAGGACGUGGACAACACUCUCGCCGCGUUCGUCCUCCUCGGCUUGGUCCAGACUGUCGAGGCGUUCUUUGGCCGCGCCCUCGUCGCCGUCAUCCCCCACUACUUUGUCCUCAAGCUCGCCCUGUUCUACUACCUCAACCACCCCCGUCUCCAGGGUGCGGCCAAGGUUCACGACAAGCUUCUCAAGAACCUCGUGGCCACCUCGCCCCCAUUCACUCCCAGUCCUCUUCCCCGCCCAGACCAGGACCUCUCGCCCCAGAAGCAGCAGAAGCUCUACACGCCCAAGUCGUUCUCCAAAAACGGCUACUCCACCAGCCAGCUCUAA